AUGAAGCUCCCACAGACCAUCAUUCGCAGGACCCUGCAUCGGGGGAUCCUCGUCCGACAAACAACCACAGCACCGCGCUUCCGCAUUCCUACACAGUCCCGCGUCGCUAGCACAGGGUCGGGUUUUAACCCCGCAGACGAGGUCGGUGAGAAGGGCACGGCCAAGACGUACAACAAGGAUGGGACGGAUCCCAAUAAGAAAUUGAUAUACGCGGCGCUUGGUGUGCUCGGGCUGGGCGGGGUGUAUGCGUUGUACGGGUCGGACAAAACUCAUGCGGCGGAAAAGAUUCAGAACAAUGCGCCGCCUGCUCGUUGA